GUGUGCCCCGGGCCCCCGUGCUUUGAUGUCUACCCCCCUCGGUCCUUAGGAAGGGGAUUCUCCCCAAGAUGGCGGCUCCUGCUUCAAGGGGUUCGGGGGGUGGAGCCUGCACCCCCACCGGCUCCCUAGGUUAUUGCCUGGCCCAGCUGCAGAGGGGGACCGAGCCAGGGCUGGGCAAGGCCUUGUUGGCCCUCAGGACCCAGCACAUCAAGGAGACGGGAGGCAUUGCCCGUUUCAGGACCCGUGGAGGGUUGGCGCCUCUCUUGGGGAUCCUGUCUGGCCCCCCGCGACCGCGCCGCACUUUGGACCUGGCCCUCAGCAUCCUGGGGAACUGCUGCACCGAAGGGGGCAGCCGCACCCAGGUGCGCGAACUUGGGGGGAUCCCGCCGCUAGUUACUAUCCUGAAAUCACUUGCUGUGGAAAGUAUCCAGAAUCGGACAGCACGGGCACUCGGCAACUUGGCUGUAGACUCAGAAAAUUGCCAGGCCAUCCAUGAAGCAGGAGCUGUGCCCCAACUAGUCCAGGUCCUCACCACCUCCCAGGAGAGCGAAUGUUUGCAGAGCGUGAUCAGGGCCAUUCGCUAUCUGGCCAAUACUCCCGCUCAUCGUCUUGUGCUGGCCCAGCAGGGGGCAGUCCGCCCCAUAGCUGAGCGCUUGGCUUCCUCCCUGGACGAUGGGCCUCUGGUUGCAGCAGCCGUGCGUGCCCUCAUGGAGCUGACGAAGGGUUGCAGUCGUGACUGUGCGGAACAGCUCAGCCUGGGAGGUGGGGUGGGGCCGCUCGUGGCCUUAGCUGGUCAUGAGAAACGAGUCGUGCAGGAGUCCGCACUUUCAGUCCUCGCUAACCUCUGUCUGCAGGGCAUGCUGAGGCCGGCUAUAGGCAACGCUGGGGGGGUGGAAUUGCUAGUGGGGGAGAUCCAACGACGGAGGGGAGCUGGGGCACCUGGGGCCUCCCUCCAUCCGCUGGUGAAGGCCUUGUGUCUGCUGUGCCGGGAGGCUGUUAAUCGAAGCCGGGUGCGUGAGACUGGAGGGUUAGAGUUGCUGCUCUCCCUGUUGCGGGACCGAUGUCACAGCUCUUCACAUGCUCGUGUGGUGGUGGCCUUUGUGGCCUUUUUCUAUGAUGAGGAAGCCCUGGAGCUGCUACAGGCUGGAGGGCUGGUGCCCUUGCUGGUUGGCAGGCUGGCAGCCCAGGGCCAGUGGGCAGGUCAGGAACAAGUGGAGGAGGAGGAAGAACGUGAAGAUGAAAAAGAGGCGGCAUCGUUUGACUUCCCUGCCGAGGGCCGGCGAGGAGAGCAGGCCUUACCAGGAGCAGAGUCCUCCAGCUUUCAGAGUCUCAGAUCCUGGCUUCUCUCGGAAGGUUAUAUUUCCAGUCCAGGAGAUCUUUCUCCACAGUGGUCUCCUGAUACCACCCUUUCUGAGCUGGAGGCCCAAGGAGGUGUUAGUCCCAGCCAAGAACUACAAGAUGAAUCUCUGGGACCUUGCCACAGCAUGUCUGGGAUGAAACCCCAUUCUAGAGCAGAAUCUCCUGAUUUCCUACAUUCUCCUUUUUUGGAUUUGCCUCUUGUGGGGCAGCCCAGUAUUUCAGAGGCUUUAAACUCGGCAGUGAGAGAUGGAAUUCUUCCAGAUCAGAACCUCUGUCCUGCAGCAUUACCUUUGUUGGCUGAAUCUGAAAAUUUCCAUCCAGAACCUGUCUUAGAGGUUCCACCUUCAGAUGGGAAUAAGGAGCAAAAAACAGUUGGAGCCAAUACGGAGCAGAAGGUGCUGGUGAUGUCAGAACUGGCAAAUUUAGAGGAGGAGCUCUCUGGGGAUGAUGUCUUAAAGCUGCCUUGUUCAUCCAUGUCAGGGGAAAUGCCAAAUUCAGGGAUGAUAAAUUCAGGAAAAGUCGAUGGCAGGGUUGAACAAUCCACUUGGGUUGCGUUGGUAACCAACCAGAAUAACCCUGGGCCCAGUAACUCCAUUCCAGUGAUGUUGAUUCCAAGCAAGAAUGACCAAAGCCAGCUGUCACCCAGGCCUGUUGCCAAAUCCCCGGUCACAGAGGAAGUGUGUUUGGUCCCUCCAAAGCUGAGCGUUCAGACUCUCUCAAGUUCUCCUGAGGAGUACAAGAUGCCGACCUCUUGCUGGAAACGGCGCGCCAAGCUGCGCUCCACCUUUGAGCAAAACACAUCACUGCAGGGGUUGCGCCCUGCCGGCGAGGCUUCGUCUCCCUGGCUUUCCUUGGCCUUGCCUCUCUCUUUCUCUCCCCACGAGGGCGACCCAGACCUCCAUGCUCCCGAAGCCCCAGCUCUGCUCCUCCUUUCCCGUUUUUCUCAAGCUGAGGAUCCUAGUCGCAGCUUAGUGACGCCGGCCACCCUGCAAGGGCUGUUGCGUUACAUCACCGGGAGCCCUUCCCCUUCCUCUCGUUGCCUUCGACUGUUGCAUCGUCUCACCUGCAACCCAGCCUGUCUGGAAGCCUUCGUGCGCUCCUACGGGCCCUCGCUCAUCAGGGCUUGGUUGGUCCUAGGCGUAUCCCCUGAACAAGCCGCUACCGCCGUCACUGGUGAACCAGAAGAAGAGGAGGCGAGCAGUUUGGACACUGAAAAGUGUGACCCCAGAAGAUUCAAGGAACUUGGAGAGACGCUACUGAUGAACCUGUGCGUGCAAGCAGAGUCCCCCUUCGGGGUGGGCGUUCUCACUCACAUGCUGCUGUCAGGCUGCGAAUCGGACCAAGCAGCCUCUGCACUGGCCCUGCCCCUUAUCUGCCGGAAGGAUUCUCUUUGUCGGAAGCUUCUGCUGGACCUCUCUGGCCUGCGGCUCUUGCUAGGGGUCCUGGUGCGGGAUCCCGACCCCUAUUUUGUCUUCUACACCUCAGACACUCUUUCCCUCCUCCUGAGCUCCCAAGCUCCGACUCCUGCUUCCGUCUCGUCUCCUACCUUGAAGCGGCCUCGCCUGGAUUCCCCGCUGCCUUGUCCUUACUCUCGCAUCGUGGAUGAAGGUGGGGCCGACUUGUUCUUUCAGCUGGACUCUGGCUGCAGAGUGCCAGCCUUGCGCCAGGCGGUCAGCGGCGCCUCUGAGGUCUUCCGGGCCAUGCUGAGUGGAGGGUUUGCGGAGUCAUCCCACACCACCGUGACUCUUCGCAAUGUGCUGCCAGAACCCUUCCUGGCUCUGACCCACUUCCUCCAUGGCUGUCGCGGCAAGUGCUGCCAGGUCUUGGGAAGGCCAUUUCCCCUCGCUUUGGCAGAAGAAAUCCUGGUGGUUGCUGAACAGUAUCUCCUCCCAGAGCUGCAGGCGUUGGUGGACGAGGCCUUGUGCCAAGACUCUCUCUGCCCUGGGACUCUCGGGGAGGUCUACCGCCUGGCCGAGCAGCAGAACCGGCCCCGCCUCCUUCGGAAUUGUGUGGCUUCCGUUUUCCUCCGGGAGGGGUCAACCCCCACCCACCGAGCCACUGCACUGGCACAGCUGCUCCGAUCCGUUGCAAAUCCCAGCAGUUUAGCCGCAGAGCUGCUCGGAGUGGUGUUGGAAUCUCCAUGGGGCUGUGGCUCAGAGGGCCAGCUAAGCUGACCGAUGGGUCCUCGUGCCUCCUCUCUCCCAGUUCUUACGCACAACUGAAGCAGUGAUGCUGGUGUGAAUCGGGCGAGGGGGAGGGAGGCUGGAGUGUUAAGUGAAUAAAUGGCAAGGUGCUCAGAAAAGGGGAGUCUGGGUCAGUGGAUGGUCCUGUGGUGGUCAGAGCUUCAGCCUAAUGGGGAGAAGAAUGUGGGAGCAAGCACUUCUUGAUCGGCUGGGGGUGAGACUGGGGGGGGAAGAGGGAGGUCUGGUAUUGGAAACAUGGAGCUGCCCUGCCAGCUGCUAGACAAACCAACUUGGGUAGAAGCCAUAGAAGUCCUAUUUGGGAGUAUAGGGAAUCCUUCCUGUCAAGACAGGAGCCCUGCUUUUUGAUUGGUUGAAACUCAAAGCAGGUCAUUUUGGUCGGAGCAAGCUGUGAAAAGGGCUCAGCUUUGAAUACAUAGCCUGUGGGGCAGCCCUGUUCUGGUGCUAGUUACUUCAGAAUGAACCCCAGUCUCAGCACUGGAGAUGUGCCUUCUCUGUGCACGGAAAGGCUUUCAAGAGACGUCAGAAGGGUGUGACUGUAACAGAAGGAAACUGAGUCAGCAGGAGGCCCACCAUGCAGCUGAGGGCACUUGCAGAAGGUUGAGAUGCUGUCUCCUUCCAGAGGAGGCAAGGAGGCAUUUAUGCCGAGCGCCUGGGCUCAAGGGGGCAUGGCCCAAUUGUGCAGUUGGAACGAUGAUGUGUAUAAACUGUUGUACAUAGAGAAAUACAGAGAGCUGUGAA